AUGACAUGUGUGCAGGACAUAUUCGGGGCUAAGGCUGGGACUGAUACCUCAGCAACAGUACUAGAGUGGGGUAUGUCAGAGUUGUUGAAAAACCCAAGAGUGAUGAAAAAGCUACUUGAAGUUAGUGAUCAAAAAGACAUUGAGGUUACAUCCACCUGCUCAUUGUUGAUGCCAAGAGAAUGCAGGGAAGCAUGCAUGAUAGGUGGACAUGAAAUACCUUUGAAGACUAAAGUGAUAACAUAUGCAUGGGCCCUUGGAAGAGAUCCAAAGCAUUGGUAUGAUGCAGAGAAGUUUAUACUUGAGAGGUUUGAUGGCACAUAUUUUGAUUUUAAAGGGAAUAAUUUUGAGUAUAUUCCUUUUGGGGAAGGGAGGAGAAUGUGCCCAGGCCUUUUACUUGGCUUGGCUAAUGUUGAACUUCCCCUGGUUGUCUUCCUCUUUCACAUUGACGAGGAACUCCCCAAUGGAAUGAAACCGGAGAACUUCGAUAUGACUAAAAUCUUUGGAGCUACAGUGGCAUGGAAAAACUAUUGUAAAACUUAA